AUGGAAAAUAUAAAACUUAACGUUAAUAAUGACCGGGCUGAAACUCGUCAAUUUAACAUUUCUGAUUAUUAUGCAUUAGCUAAACUUCGACUUUGGAUCAACUUUGGAUCGACUUUGGAUCGACUUUUGAUCGACCGGUUUGACUAG